GUACAUUUUUGGCUUGUACAUCUUUGACUACAAAAAAAUAAAAAUAAAACAUCAGAGUUUUUUAAUCCAAGAAAAAAACAUCAGAGUUUAUAUCAUCGGAUGAUGCCUAGUGGGAGGAGACCUCUUUCACCGGAAUCAAUGGCUCGAAAAAGAGAAGAGAAAGAAGAUUUGUAUUGUUGCACAACUUUGUCGGAGUCUGAUGUGUCUGCUUUUGUCUCUGAACUCACAGAUCAACCCACCCCACCAUCCAUGGAUUCGUCUUCUUCAUCUCUUACCCCUCGAGAACAAAGAAAUUCGAGACAACGAAACUACAGAGGGGUGAGGCAAAGACCGUGGGGAAAGUACGCGGCCGAGAUCCGUGACCCAAACAAGGCAGCUCGUGUGUGGCUUGGCACGUUCAACACCGCAGAAGAAGCAGCGUUAGCAUAUGACAAAGCUGCUUUUGAGUUUAGAGGCCACAAGGCCAAGCUUAACUUCCCGGAGCACAUUCUUAUCAACUCUACUCAUCGCUAUCCAUCAACCGCUACUUCACAUGAUCCCAUCAUCGUUACGCCAGUUCCACCAGUUGCUCCUGACAUACUUCUUGAUCAAUAUGGCAAAUAUCUAUCGGAAAAUAGCUACUCCAGUGCUGCCAACUUGUCCAUGACUAUAUCGGCUUCUUCGUCCUCAUUGAGUCAACAAGGGAAUAUACCAAAAUUGGAGGAUAGUGAAAGCGUGAAAAACAUGAGUAUUCACAAAAGAAGAAAAUAGCAUAUCCAUGCAUGCUUUAGGAGUAUAUUCCUCUGGGCUCUGGCAGUUAUCAAACGUAUUGACCGUCAAUCAAAACUGUCAAACCGGUUCUAGACACAACUCAGUGAAACAUUUGCUUUACCACCCAAAACUUUAAGAAGUUACGUAUGGAUAUUACAAAUAUUUUUUUAUUAAAACUCUUAAUAAAUGUUUGGCUCCAAAAUCUCAGUUAUAUAGAAGAAACACACGCAUCUAUUUGUUGACUUGGAAGAGGAAAAAGCUGUCUCGU